GCGUCUACUUCCUUCUUCAUCCCAACAUGCCCAAUCUUAGUAUUUCACUCGAUGCUGAGCAGGCAGCAUUUGAAGCGGAGGUGCAGCGCAUAGAGGCUCAAUGGAGCUCGGAGCGACAAAAGCAUUUAAAAAGACCGUACACUGCUCGCACAAUCGCUGCAUUAAGAACAUCAAUCCCUGCGCCGGCAGAAGCAUCAUCCAUUCAAGCCGUAAAGCUCUGGAACCAACUGCAUGAACAUAAUAGAAAUGGAACCACAGAACUGACGUUUGGUACAACUGAUCCCGUGGCUGCUUCGCAGCUUGCGAAGCACUCACAGACCGUUUAUGUGUCUGGAGCUUUAUGCGGCUUUUCUGAAGUGGCAAUGCCAGGGAUGGAUCAUGCAGACUACCCUUGGGAUACGGUACCCAAAGUUGUGUCCAAGAUUUUCAAAUCACAACUCUGGCACGACCAACGGCAGAGACAAUUUCGCAUGAGACACGUUAAAGAAGAGCGAGCGGCGCUUGAAAACAUAGACUAUCUUGCCCCGAUCGUUGCAGAUGGUGACAUGGGCUUUGGUUCGCUCACCAGCACGAUGAAGAUGGCGCGAGAGUUCGUCGAUGCAGGUGUCGCUAUGAUCCACAUUGAUGACCUUGCUAUUGGUAUGAAGAAAUUCACUAUCGGCCAAGGCCGGACAGUCGUACCUACAAGCGAGUAUCUGGAUCGUUUAACAGCUGUGCGGGCACAAUUCGAUAUCAUGGGAGCAGAAACCCUGCUACUGUGUCGAUGCGACACAGACCAUUCUGAAUUCAUCACGUCUGUGAUUGAUGAAAGGGAUCAUGAAUACGUUCUUGGUGCAACAAAACCAGUAGAGCCCCUCAAAAGUGUGCUUCAAAGAGCUCUGGAGGCAGGAAAGGAUUUGACCGCAGAAAGGAACGCCUGGAAGGCUUCUGCAGGCCUUGCUACUUUUGAUGAAGCAGUCGAAGCCGUCGCAGAAGCAGGUGAGUUCGACGCCUACACAGCAGAAAUAUCCAAAAUAAAAUUCCCUUCUCUUGCGACCAGAAGGGAAAUUGCAUCGAAGACCGUCAAAAAGGACGUCUUCUUUGACUGGGAGCUUCCUCGCUCUGCUAUGGGCCAGUAUAUGUUCAAGUCGUGCGUGAAGGCUGUAAUUGAACGAGCUUUGGCAGCCGCUCCGCUAGGUGAUGUAACUUGGGCACGCAUGGACUCGCCAGUGUGGAAAGACAUUGUUGAAUUCCACACCGCAGUUCGGAAGGUCUACCCCGAGCGCUUGUUCGCUUUUGGAUAUACCGGAGACUACGACUUCGCGAAAGCUGGGUUCUCCGAAGAUCAAGUAAAGACUUUACAUCUAGAUCUGGCUAAACUAGGUAUAGUGUGGCAAGUUCAACCAAUUUGGAGUCUUCAAGGACUGAACCUUUUGACCGACCAAUUUGCAAAGUUGUGGGCGGAAGAAGGGAUUGCUGGAUAUAUACGAACGGUUCAAACCCCUGCUCUGAGCACAAAGCCGAUGACGGAUGGCUUUGAGAAGCUGAGCUAUUGCGGUGGAUACUUUGCAGAUGCAUUGUUUGAGACCGUUGCUGGGCAAGUCAUCACAGAAAAAGGCAGCCUCGGAAAUUUCUCGCGACAUUGA